AUGGGACGAUCUCCAUGCUGUGAUGAGAGUGGUCUGAAGAAAGGGCCAUGGACUCCUGAAGAAGACGAUAAGCUCGUCGAGCACAUCCAAAAACACGGCCAUGGCAACUGGAGAGCCCUCCCCAAACUCGCCGGCCUUAAUCGGUGCGGAAAGAGCUGCAGACUCCGGUGGACCAACUACCUACGGCCGGACAUCAAGAGAGGCAAAUUCACUCCAGAAGAGGAACAAACCAUUCUCAAUCUCCACGCCGCUCUUGGCAAUAAGUGGUCGGCCAUCGCGACCCACCUACCAGGAAGAACCGACAACGAGAUCAAAAACUUCUGGAACACGCACCUCAAGAAGAAGCUAAUCCAAAUGGGUUUCGACCCGAUGACCCACCGGCCGAGAACCGAUAUUUUCUCGAGCCUACCCCACCUCAUAGCCCUAGCCAGUCUCAAGGACCUCUUAUUCGAGAGCCCGAGCUGGGAAGAGCAAGCCGCGCGGCUCCAAAACGAAGCCGUCAACCACAUGGCUCGGCUCAACAGCUAUCUACAGCUACAACACCACAUUCUUCAGCCUCCGUCUUUCCAAAACGCUGAUGUUUUGACGAACUGCCCAUUAUCGACCGCUAAUAAUAAUAAUAAUAUUAAUAACAAUAAUAUGACGACGCUUGCCGAUGGGUUUAGCCUCUUGGGCCAAAUGCAAAAUCCGGCAAUGGAGCCGAAGCACGAGGGGGAUUAUUUUAUCGAACCGGUGGAUAUUGCAUUUUCUCAUCUUCCAGAUUUACGAGUCGAGGCUCCCUCGGUUAAGGAUUCGAUGACGUGGCAGACGGAGAAUGUGUCGCCGGUGGUGGUGCCGGUGGCGGUGGCGGAGAGUUCGUAUAGUAACGGCGGAGAUGCUUGCAGCACGUCGAGCUAUGGAGCGGCUCAGUUGUGGUCUGAGCUUCUUGAUGAUCCUUUUUUUCAUGAGAUUGUGUGA